AGAGAGACAAAUAGAGGGAGGGGGUGGGUGGGGUGUCUCUCGAGUCUCCAAACAUUUUCUAGGGUUUCGAAAUUGCAGUUGACUUUUGUUUUUCCCUUUUUAGUUUUCUCUGCGUAUGAUAUAAAAAAGGAAGAGAGUUUCUUCUUGUGCUUCUUCUCUUCUCUCUGGAACCACAAUUACGAAAGCAUGUUGGGGCGUAGAGACGGGCCGUUGAUGAGAAACAACGGACAGUCCCUUCGUGGAUCGAGAAUCGUCUUUGCCAUUGCGGUCGGAAUUCUUCUUGGUUGCGCCUUCGCCUUCUUGUUUCCUCAUGGAUUCUUCGGCUCCGAUCCGCCAGCUCAAGGUCGUCGACUUCCAAGGACCAGUCUCCAGGUUGGCUCAUCCCCAUGCGAAUCACCUGAACGGAUUAACAUGUUGAAGUCGGAGCUUGUAUCAGUGUCAGAAAAGAAUGUGGAAUUGAAGAAGCAGGUCAGGGAGCUAACUGAAAAGCUUCGGCUGGCUGAACAGGGGAAGGAUCAGGCUCAGAAGCAAUUUCUUGUUUUGGGAGAACAACAUAAAGCUGGGCCUUUUGGCACUGUUAAAGGCUUAAGAACCAAUCCAACCGUUGUUCCUGGCAACUCUGUGAACCCCAGGUUAGCAAAAAUGCUUGAGAAAGUAGCUGUUCGGAAAGAGCUUAUAGUUGCACUUGCAAAUUCAAAUGUGAAGGGGAUGCUGGAGCUCUGGUUCACUAGCAUCAAGAAAGUGGGCAUACCCAAUUAUUUGGUGGUUGCUUUGGAUGAUGAGAUUGAAAAUUUUUGCAAUUCAAAUGUUGUCCCUGUGUACAAGAGAGACCCCGAUGAAGGUAUUGAUUCCAUUGCGAGGACAGGAGGUAACCAUGCUGUCUCAGGCUUGAAGUUCCGGAUCUUGAGAGAGUUCUUGCAGCUAGGUUACAGUGUUCUUCUUUCGGAUGUUGAUAUCAUAUAUUUGCAGAACCCAUUUGAUCAUCUUUAUCGGGAUUCAGAUGUGGAGUCUAUGACUGAUGGCCACAAUAACAUGACUGCUUAUGGAUAUAAUGAUGUCUUUGAUGAACCUGCCAUGGGUUGGGCUCGAUAUGCACAUACCAUGCGAAUAUGGGUUUACAACUCUGGUUUCUUUUAUAUAAGACCCACAAUUCCUUCAAUUGAGCUUUUAGAUCGUGUUGCUGAUCGGCUUUCUCGGCAGCCGAAUGCAUGGGACCAGGCCGUCUUCAAUGAGGAGCUGUUUUUCCCUUCACAUCCUGGUUACGAUGGGCUUCAUGCUUCUAGGAGAACGAUGGAUUUUUAUCUCUUUAUGAACAGCAAAGUCCUCUUUAAGACCGUGAGGAAAGAUGCUAAACUGAGCAAGUUAAAGCCAGUAAUCAUUCAUGUGAAUUAUCACCCAGAUAAGUUUCCAAGGAUGAAGGCAAUUGUGGAUUACUAUGUUAAUGGCAAUCAAGAUGCACUGAAAUCCUUCCCAGAUGGUUCAGAGUGAUAGCUUCUGUUUUUGUUCUUCGGACUUCUGAGUGAUGCAUCUUGUUCUUCGUCCUGCAUACAUGGUCCUCUACUUGCCACAAUUCAUGGGAUUUUCCUGUACUCUAGAAGCACACAAGUAGGUCAGUUCAAUUUCACAUUUUGUGAGUUACAUGAAUUGGAUGUUUCUAUGUCCACCUAACUUUGAUCACUACAGAAAAUUUUGCUUUCUUUGUUAUUA